AUGCCGCAAAUUGAUACUGCACAGGCUGCCCGUCGUGCCAACCGCCGCAAGCGCACGACUCGUGCGACCUCGAACGUUUUUGCCAUGUUCACUGAGACACAGAUCCAAGAGUUCAAGGAGGCCUUCAACAUGAUUGACAACGACCGCGACGGCUACAUUGACGCCGAAGAUUUGGCCAAGACUUAUGAUAGCCUCGGUAGUGCCCCGACUCCCGCAGAGCUGGAGCGUAUGCUGAGUGAUGCCCCAAGCCGCAUCAACUUUACCAUGUUCUUGACCAUUUUUGGUGAUCGCAUGACGGGCACGGAUCCAGAAGACACGAUAAAAAAUGCAUUCAUGUGUUUUGAUCCCAACAGCUCGGGCAAACUAGACGAGGAGAGCAGAUUGCGGGAGCUGCUCACAACCAUGGGCGACCGCUUCACCCAGGAGGAGGUCGACGAGAUGUUCAAGUACGCACCAAUUGACGAUCAAGGUCGCUUUGACUACGUGGAGUACACGCGCAUGAUGAAACAUGGCAACAAGGAGGAAGAGGCCAACUGA